GCGCCGCCCGGCUCAGCGGACAUCAGGACUCCAAGAUGGCGUCAGUCGUACCAUUGAAGGAGAAGAAACUCAUGGAUGUCAAACUCACAGAGCUGCCUAGCUGGAUACUGAUGCGGGAUUUCACCCCCUCGGGCAUCGCUGGAACCUUUCGGAGAGGUUACGACCGGUAUUACAACAAGUACAUCAACGUGAAGAAAGGGAGCAUCGCCGGCGUUAACAUGGUGCUGGCCUGCUACGUGCUUUUCAACUACUGCCGCUGUUACAAGGAACUCAAACAUGAGCGACGACGCAAGUACCACUGAAGAAGGGCCAGUGUGGAGGGCAUACUGCAUUCCUGACCAUGAACUCAAGCAUGUCUGAAUCCUUCCAAACCCCAACUGAGAAUAAAUUCCCAAUAAAAGGUGAAUGAUCUAUAUGCUGCU